AUGUUGACAUAUUUGUUGAUUGCCGUGGCUAUUUUUGUCGUUUACAAGCUGUUUUCAAAGAAAACCGACGAUGCCGAAGAGACAUUUGAGCCCAUAGAAUUCCAAAAGUUCACCCCCCGCACUUUGUCCAAGUACAACGGCAAAGACGAUAAACGGGUGCUCAUGGCGGUAAACAGCAGAGUGUACGAUGUCUCAGCAAGUAAAAACCACUACGGACCUGGCGGAAUGUACGAGAACUUUGCCGGGCGCGAUGCUAGUCGUGGUUUGGCCAAGCACAGCUUUGAGAUUGAGCACCUGACCCCUCUUGAUCGGCCGAUUGACGAUCUGAAGGAUCUCACGGAGGAGGAACGUUCCGCCAUGCUGCAAUGGGCUGAGUUCUUUGGCAACAAGUACCCGCAUUGUGGAGAUCUAGUUGAGAGUCUGUAG